UUACCACUAAAAACUACAUUUCCCAUAACAGUGAGCUUUGCAGUGUUGUUAGCGGAUAACCUGGGGCUGGGGCAUAUACUGCAAUAACUCUGCAAACAGCUGCCUCGACGGAGGGAACAAAACACCGAUCCCUGUAUAUUGCUGACAACUGACAGAAAUGUCAGAGACGUCAAGUGAUGCAGAGUCGUCCUGUGGCUGGACCAUUAUCAGCAAUGAGGGUUCAGAUAUCGAGACGUUGGGAUUGGAGGCUACAGUGGAGUAUGGAGCAAAGCUGUUAGAGCAACCUCCAGUGGAGGAAGCAGAGCUGCAGGAUAAACAGGCUUCUGCAUCUAAUGCUCGGUGUGUUGAAGAGAAGGUUGCUGAGUUGCUUGAUGAAACUCUGGAAGAACAAACCGUAGAUGAUGCUUUAGAGGCCGGAGACAACACCAAAGGGAAACAGCAUGUAACUGUGUUGACCUCCAGCGAUCAUUCGGACAUUGUGACUCUUGGAGACCUGAAGGAGGAGGAGCACGCUGAGGUGGAAGAGGAGGCGGCAGCCAACGAGGAGUUUUACCUCGGCACCUCCUGCAGCAGCCAGUACGCCUUCACUGCAGCAGAGUCUGCAGGUUUGAUGUUGAGUCACUGGAAACUUCCACAGAGUCUCGUGAAGUUAGGCUACCAUCUGAGAAGUCAGCUCACUGGAGGCCGCUCUUUUCCAGGUUUCCCAGUGCAGCAGCCUGCAGUGACAAACUCAAGCAGCAGUGAGGAUGAGGCAGGACGAGGCGCCAGCACUGUUGUCCGAAGACGAAGGUUGAGGAAGAAUACCACGAGCCUCGUCACAGAGUCUGAGGAGGAGGUGCUGGAGUCUGGCCAGAGUGAGGAGGAGGAGGAGGAAGAAGAGGAGGAGGAGGAGGUCAAAGAACAGAAGCAGCAGGAGGAGGCAGAAGUUAGAAGUCUGGAUGUCCGAGUGCAAGGCCAGGGCAGCAGCAUCCUCAACAGCUGUAUCCUCAUCGCCCUCGUCAUAGCCUUCAGUAUGGGCUUCGGCCACUUCUAUGGUACACUCCAGAUUCAAGAAAGACAGAAAACUGUGGAUAAAGUCAGAGUGAAUGAACUUGAUGUUGUGAGGGAUCUGAUUCAGCUACAUGUUGGAGAACAACCUUCAACAAUCCAGGUCCAGAGGAGCGACUUUGGCCUUGAUGAGCUGGAUGAGCAAAAAGUUAUUUCACUGCUCACAGAAGUGAUUGAGAAGAUAAAGACGGAGAACCACGAGCUCAGCAUCAAACGGGCGCACAUUCAGGCCCAGAGAGAUGACCUGCAAAUGUUGCUGAAACAGAAGGCUGAGGAGAGGACUAACAUUGUGUCUCAGCAGCAGAUAUUGACAGCUGAGAACCAGCAGCUGAAAACCUCCCUAGAGCGUGAAGAAAAGUCCCUCUCCACCCUACAGGAAGAGCUGAGAAACCUGCACUCUAAGAUUAGAGAUCAGGAGGCGAUGGGGGCCGGUGCCAACUCACUGCUGUCAGAAAACCAGAGGCUGAAAGACCAGCUGGAGGAAGAGAAACGGCUGAUCCAAAGCUUCCACGGCCAGAGGGAAGACAUGAUGGCUGAAGCACAGACACUGAAGAAGAAGCUCAACAAGGAGAGAACGGUUACAGAUGAGCUGAGAAGAGAGUUAAAUGUGCGUAGAAGUCACAUCCCCAGAGGUGGAAAAGAAGCUGGUUCAGAGGCAGAAGAGCUCCAGUCACGUCUGAUGGAGCUGGAGAAGAGACUGGGCUUCGAGCAGCAGCGCUCGGACCUGUGGGAGAGGCUGUAUGUGGAAAACAAAGAAGACAGAGCUAAAGGAGACAGAGAGUCCAAAGUGAAGAGAACAAAAGAGAGCAUGACAGGGAAAGUGAAAGAGACAUUUGAUGCUGUGAAGAACUCCACCAAGGAGUUUGUCCAUCACCACAAAGAGCAGAUAAAGAAAGCAAAGGAAGCCGUGAAGGAGAACCUGAGGAAGUUUUCAGAUUCUGUCAAAUUAACUUUCCGACACUUCAAGGAUUCAGCUUCGACCAUCAUCAACAAAGCCAGAGGCUUUUAUGACAAGAGACGUGGUGAGAAGAACACAAAAGAGUCGUGGCAGCACAGAUCCCACAAGCCUCAUCCCAGACACCAGCGCAAAUUUGACGAUUCCUUCCAGGGAAACCACAACACUCGAAAAUCAGGAGAUAAAGUUCACCAAGAUCAACGUCAAGAUGCCCACAAGGCUAACUCGAAAGGAUGCUCCGGCAUUUUCGACUGCACCUACCAGGAGUCCAUUGGUCUCUUCAACAAAGCCAUGGAGCCAAUCAGAGCAGACGAAUUUUACCAGCUGCUGGAGAGCUACGUGCAGCAAGAAGUCGACCACUUCCACCACUGGAAAGAGUUGGAGACGUUCAUCAACAACUUCUUCCACAACGGAGUCUUCAUCCACGACCAGAUGCCGUUCACAGACUUUAUCAGCCUCGUGGAAAACUAUCUGACUAACGUGCACGAGUCGGAGUAUCAUGGCCUUAAUGGCGACGUGUUCAGAGAUCUUAAUGAAUUCAUCUACCGGCACUUCAUGGGAGAGACUUACAGAAAAAGCCAUGGCCCAAACGGGCCAUUUGAAAGACCCGACACAGACUCGAAGGAGUCAAGGGCGAAGCACCAACAACGAAAGCAGCAGAGAGCCAGAUCUCGACCACACAGCGAACGCAAGUGGAGUCGAUCAGGUAGAAACGCAGACAGACACAUGGCUGACGUCAAAAUAGAACUGGGUCCGAUGCCAUUUGAUCCCAAAUACUGAAAAUAUCUCAUCUGGUUUAAUAUUAGAGUUGCAAAUUCUAUUCUGGGUUGUAUUUAGAGGCAAAGUCUCAUUUUGUUUUUUGUAAGUUUGCACAUUGUUAACUUUUUAAUGCUACUGAACGUCCUUGAGCUGUUUUGUGUUUAGUGAAGUAAUCGUUAUGCUUGAGAGAAAGAUCAUAUCUGAUGUAACAUGAGGAGUAUGAGUUUAUUUAACAUUUUACAAAUGUGAAGAUAAAACUUAAUUUUCUUCAACAGACAAUUAUUGAGCAGAGAAAUGUUGAUUGGGAUUUUUUUUUUAAACAAAAAUGGAAAAUAUAGACAAGUCACGCUUUUGGAUGUUUCUGUGUACAGCCAUGUAGUUGUUUUAAUUGCUUGCUGCUACAAAGACAGUUUGUGUGACGGGUUGUAACUUGCUUUCAUAGUUAAGACGCAGUUUUUUAACAUUCCACCUCAAGCUUGUUUUAACUGGACCUGGCAGUUUUAUUUACACGUGUUGGGGGAAACAAUGACUGGAAAAUUAACAUCACAUCAAAUUUAGUCGUGAAAAUAAAGACAUUAGAUGUUAUACAUUUGACACAUUUGACAAUUGGUAUUUAAAAAUAACAUUUAUUUCAGUAGUAAAUCCAUAUCAUGUGAUAUUCUCAUUAAGGAUAGAAACUUGCCGUUGUUCCAGUGUUUGUCAGUGCCUUUCAUAAAUAAAGAUGCUUCCUCCAA